AUGGCCUCUCAAAAGGUCGCCAAAGCCCUGUCAGCUAUUGAGCAGACAGCUCAUCAGCCUACCAAGCUCCAACAGUACAACGACCUGCUCAAUGAGAUCGUAUCCAGCCCAACGUCGGACGAGCUCGCUCAAGACAUCGUUUACUACCUCGACUCAAUCCUUAGCGAGGAUGUCAGCAUCGUGGCCACCAGACCCCUGCUCGAUUCCUUCAUCAAUGUCCUGAAGAAUUUCAACUCCGAGGUCAAGAUCAAAGUCGGCCAGCACGCCGUGUCCCUCCUCCAGUCGCGCGCGACUUCCGCCGAAGAACAAGACUCGCAGAUUCGAGAGAUCCUCGCCGAUGCUUACGAGGCCGAGGAAGAAUACACUGCUGCUGCGCGGGCUUUGCAAGGAAUCAACAUCGAUAGCUCGCAACGCUUGGUCUCGGACGCCGCCAAGGCUCGCCUUUGGAUUCGUAUCGUGCGGUACUACUUGGAGGAGGAUGACACCACCAAUGCCGAGACCUUUCUGAACCGGAUCAAGAACCUCCCCAGCAAGAUUGAAGAUCCCGAGGCAAAGCUGCACUUCCAGCUUUCACAAGCUCGUAUUCUCGAUGCACGUCGCCGUUUCCUGGAGGCUGCGCAGGAAUACUUCAGUGUUAGCUUGGCCUCCGGCGUGGACGAGAAUGACCGAUUGACUGCCUUGUCUGCUGCGAUCCGCUGCGCCGUCCUGGCCCCGGCUGGACCUCAGCGCUCGCGUUUUCUCGCUCGUGUCUACAAGGAUGAUCGGACCCCAACCGUGGAUGAGUUCUCUAUUCUGGAAAAAAUGCACCUCGACCGACUGUUGGACGCCAAUGAAAUCGCCGCCUUUGCCGAGAAGCUUGCACCUCACCAGCUCGCUGUGACCGCGGACGGCCUAACCGUAUGGGAUAAGGCCGUGAUCGAGCACAACCUUGUCGCUGUCAGCAAGCUCUACGAGAACAUCCGGGUCGACGCGCUCGCCGAGAAGCUUGGUCUCAAGGACUCUGGAGAUUUCUCGGCCGGCGAAAGGGCGGAGGGCUAUGCUGCGCGCAUGAUGGGCGAGGGCCGACUGAAGGGUCACCUUGACCAGAUUGAUGGAAUCAUCUAUUUUGACGACGAAUUCAAUACUGGCCCCAACAACACUUCUCUCCGACAAUUCGAUCGUGGUGUGCAGGUGAUUUGCGAUCAGGUCGAGCAGAUUUCGACCGCCAUCACCGAACGGUAUCCGGAUCUUGCUAAGAAUGGAAUGAAGCAGUGA